GACGCGCGGUGCUCAAAAGAGUUGAGCACAGCAUCUGGAUCAAAGCAGCAGCAGCUACGUCUUACCUGACGGCAGAGGACAAGAGGAGGGACAGACAACCAGUGCAUACAGUAUCCGUGACAACGUGACCAUAAUGAAUCCGGUGUACAGCCCGGCACCAACAGGGGUCCCCUUCACCAAUACUAAGGGGAUAAGCUACUCAGCAGCUGGAUUUCCUGUCGGCUACGCAGCUGCUCCAGCUUACAAUCCCAACAUCUACGCAGGAGCAAACCCAGCGUUCACCAGUGGCUAUGCUCCAGGCACUCCUUUCAAAAUGUCCUGCUCCCCCAACACGGGGACUGUGCCGCCGUACUCCUCCUCACCCAACCCCUACCACACCGCUGUUUACCCUGUCAGGAGCACUUACCCCCAACAGAACCCAUAUGCACAGGCAUUAAUACCGUCACAACAGCAGGGCACUUACUACACACAGCCGCUGUAUGCCGCGCCGCCUCAUGUUAUUCAUCACACAACGGUGGUGCAGCCUAACGGGAUGCCUGCAGCCAUGUAUGCCCCGACCAUCCCUCCUCCCCGCCCCAACGGCGUCGCCAUGGGGAUGGUAGCCGGCACCACCAUGGCCAUGUCUGCUGGAACUCUGUUGACAACUCCAUCACCAGCACCUGUUGCCCCCCACCAAGUCACGAUGCCCACAUAUCGGCCUCCUGGCACACCCAGCUACAGCUAUGUGCCCCCACAGUGGUGAAGACAGGCAACUGUCAGAAGAUGGUAGAUAUGCAUUCACACUCUACUCCAGUGUUUUCGCUCUUGGUGAAGAUCUGUUCUGUCAGAGUCUGCAACCAAUUACUCCUCUUCCAGCAUAAUGUGAAUCUUAUACCCAACUACAUAGAUAGAGGCCCAUCUAUACAGGGAGGUGGUGCAGAAUAGGCCCUGUUCCCAUCAUGACCCCCCUCCCUCCUUAACAGAAUAUGGCUGCAUCCCACGCCUCACCCCAGCGCCAGCACCUCUGCAACCUGCUGCAUAUCUCACAUCAAACAGCAAAGCCUCCAUGCAAACCUUUUGUAGACUGUCAUGCAGGUUUUUAUAGCUUAAUCUGUAAGUGGUGAAAAGGGAGUUUGUUUUAUUAUUUGGGGGACAUGUACGAUGUCGAAUGCAUGUAAGUAAGUAUAGUCAUAUGAAGUAAUGCUAGCUCAAUCUACCUGCUGUGACAGAUGCAAAACCAAGAAAAGGCACACAUCCAAAGGAACUUAAAAAAAGAAAAAGAAAAAAGUAAUAAUCUUCAAUGCUGAAUCACCAGUGACCAUGUCUUCUAUGUUAAAGGAAAAAAAAAGACGAGAAAUGUUAGUUCAUGCAAAAACAAACCUGCACAAUUCAGUGCAGACUAAACUGUGCUAUUUUCAUGGCUUUGUUUAUUGUUACGUGAUGUUUUUUUUUUUUAUUGUUUCUUUCAGUGAUGCAGUGUCUGCAUUAUGUCUUACCAUUUUUGUAUUUUAUGAUAAUGAUGGGACUUUGAGUUUGUGCCUUCGACUGACGGCCAAUUCAUCACUUUUUAUUCUAGUAUUUUUUUUUUCCUGCUCUGCCAAAUGUUUUAGGAAAAAUGGAGUCGGAGGUUUCCAAAAGUCUGAAGCAGCUUUUGUUUUCUGCUUGAAACAGUUUCGGGUGAAUUCAGUGUUUUAAGUAUUGAUUUAUUUUAGCCACGUGUAUUUUGGGUGGGAAAUAAGCAAACAUUGUUAUUUGAAAUAAUUAACACCUGUUGGAUGAGCAUGAUUUAGCAGGAACAGUGUUGUGUGUGUGUUUGUAUGAAAGAGGACUAAAAAUGAAGCCCAUUAAAAUGGUGCCAUACAGCACAACAUGGCAACAUUUGACUACACGUCAAAUUAGUCAGAUAGUCCUUUGCUCUGAAGCACUAUGUCAUUGGAUCACAAACUGUGGACGCGAUAGGAAUAUAUGAUAUGUUUAAACUGCAUUUGUAUAUAGCACUACUGAGUAAAGGCACUAAUUGAUAAUUUGACCCUUUGACAUUGCUUACCUCAAGGUUGCAGGAUAACCCACCAACAUCACUGUUUCAGACAUGCUUUUCUAUGUUGCCUCAGUCACCUCUGUUAAAUAAUCUGUUUUGUAAAUGUUAUUUUUGUGAUUUUGGUUCAUGUUUUGUAUUCUAAAGACCAAAAAUAAAAACAAAUAGAGAACAA